CACUGGAUGAGUGGGUUGGAUGGCUGGAGUGAGUCAUCAUAAAUUUAUUUGUCAGCACCAGUCAGUCCUCCACAUAUUCAAGAAGCACCAUGACAUGAAAUAUCAUGUGGCUGGCAGGAGAAUGUCUAAUCUGGAUAAGAUGCAAAACACUAAAUGACCCAUUUUCACCAUACAUCCAAUUGUUGUGAACAGUGACCCUUUCCCAUGAAUCAGAGUCUGGCUAUGAAAGGUUCUAAGAAGACAAGAUACAAUUGGUGGAAUUACCAAGCAGCAUCAUAUUCAAGCUAGAACACAAUGAUCCUUGCCUGUUUCCAAGACAAACAGCCUAGGAAAGGAAUCCACAGAUUUCAGAAACACCCAACCAGCAUGGCCGGGCCAAAAAGUAACAUUUCUGAGUUCUGCCAAGAUGCAGUCUACCUAUCAGGAUAUCAUGUCGCUUAGAUUGACCAUGCACGAGACUACAGUACCAGGAGAGACACUUUGGGUAAUUUCAAGCUCUUGGAUUAAAGCAUAAACUCCAUAGUCUCAAAGACAUACUUCCAUUGUGUUUCCAGCUUCAGUCUCCAUCAUUUGAUCUACAGAUCUCCUGAAGAAAAUGGCCUACUUUGCUUCAUUUGCGCAGCAUACUUGGAAGAUUUUUGUGGCUGAGAGGAAACCUGGAUGGAAGAAUCUAUUGCCUCUGUUUGCAGUCUGCAGCUUUGUCAGUUUAAUAGCCAAUGUGCUCUUCCUCUUAGCUGGUUACAAUUUACUAACAGAUUAUCCAGUUUCUGCUGCCCUCGUAUUCACGCUUCUUUGGGUUAUCCUCUCAAUUAGUUUGUGCUUCUUCAGGCACCUGCGCUGCUUCAUUGCUCUCUUCUUCCUCUCGUGUGGGAUGCAUGAAGGGAGAAACACCCUGGUUGCAGCUGGGACAGGCGCUCUGGUUGCAGGCAAUAUCCAAAAUAUUUUUCACAACCUAAAGCAGCUGGCAGAUAGUGUCAUUUGUAUUCUUGAAUCCCAGCGCUUAUCCUUUCUCAGCGAGUACAUUAAAGCGAUUUGGUGGGUUUACAAUCAGAGCAAGGCUUUGGGCAACCCUUUUAAAGAUAUUGUAGUUGUGAAUGAUAAACUGAACGUAUCUUACUCAGUUUUGGAUGAAAGCUUGAAGCUGAGGCUGAACAAAACAAGGCUGGGUAUUCAGGAUGUUGCCAACCAGAUCUCCUCCACGCUAGUCUUUCUGAUGUCUUUGGUCAAGAAAGUGUUUCCCCUUUUGGGAACUGCAUUCAUUCUUCUUGGGACAUACCGCUUUCUUCAGAAAUUCCUGGAUCCCCACAGCAUCAGGUUUAAGAAUACUUACAUCACCAAGGAGUUUAUUAGAUACAAUGAGCAACAGUGGCAGCAGCAAAAACUUUCAGUCCUUCCUCUCAGUAAAGGAGAAAGAAAGGUAUAUGCAAUGGUCCCAUCUUUUUGCCAGACGCACAAAGAAAGGAAAUGCAUGAUACACUUUUUUCUUCCUGUGCUUGCUAACCUUUGCAUUUGGAUUCUCUUUGGAGCAGUAGAUUAUUUGCUUUACUGGCUCAUUUUUUCAAUGAGCAAGCAUCUCCAGGAUUUCCCUGAGCUAGAGGUCCAUUUGAAAUUGUAUUACCAUAAAAAUGCAGGUAAAUUCAUCUUCAAUAACGGGGAAAUUGUUGACAACAAGACUUCCUUUAAAGUUCCACUCUUUGAGCAUGUCUGUAUCCCAACACCACAGCUUUCCCUUUCUGCAACUUGGAUCCAACUAGGGACCAUCCUCCUUUUUAUAACUGUGCUUGGGCUGUUCACUUCGACAUUUAUCCAGCUUAAAAUACUGGUGGCAACGUCAUUCUUUCCCAGGGUAGAUAUGAAACGUAUAGAAUAUCUGCACGCAAAAUUACUGAACAGAAGAUCAAAGCUCUCUGAGAGAAACAUGAAAAAGAAAAGGAAAUCGUUUGCAAUGUUAGAUUUCUGGUUCCCAGUCCUUCAGGCAAUGAGAAGAGCCAGAAAGAAAGAAGAUGUGGCAAAAGACAGCAACGUUUAACAACAUAAAGAAUAUCUUUAAGGAAAUCUAGAGUUCUUUUCGCCCCACAGCAGCUGUUGGAGACUUCACCUAAAGGAACAACACUUACUCAACCCCAGCAUUGGGCUUCGUCAGAAGGGAAUAUUUUAUUCAGGCUGGAAGUCUGAGGUCAACUUGGACUGUAACACUAAUGGGAAAAUGAAUGAGAACCAAGUGGAACCAACUUUGUCCUUAAGCCUGUGAUGAUGCCAAUGAUGAUAAAAAAUAAUCAUUCCACCUAAAAAAUUUAGGUGGGGGUGGGCUGUGUGUGACAAUGGUUUGAGGGUGUUGAACUGCUAUUUAUCAGGGUUUUAGCUGUUUAAGCCACUGGACCUGUAAUUAUGCAUCAAUGCAAUGUAAGUUUGAUUUGUUUGAUAUGUUUUAAUAUGUUUUAAUCAUCUGGAUGACUAUUUAAUUGAUAUGUAUGUGUUUUUUUAAUAGUUUUAUAAUAUUGUGUUUUAUUGAUAUUGUUAUUAUCUGAAUCUGGCAUUGAAUAAUUGCCAUAGUUUGUAAGCUGCCCUGAGUCCCUCUUCGAGGGUGAGAAGGGCCGGAUAUAAGUACAGCAAAUAAAUAAAUAAAGGCCUUUUUUUCUUUGAAAAGUA